AGGGCCUGCAAGGAUGCUGGCUGUCCCGGAGAUGGGCCUGCAGGGGCUGUACAUCGGCUCCAGCCCAGACCGAUCCCCCAUCCCCAGCCCACAGGGCUCCCCAAGGACCCAGGACAGCUGUGGCAUUGCCCCCCUCACACCUUCGCAGUCUCCGAAGCCUGAGGCCCGAGUCCCCCAGCCACCCCCCUUCUCUGUGGUGGUGGCCAUCGACUUUGGCACUACAUCCAGUGGCUAUGCCUUCAGCUUCACCAGUGACCCCGAGGCCAUCCACAUGAUGAGGAAAUGGGAGGGCGGGGACCCAGGCGUCGCCCACCAGAAGACCCCCACCUGCCUGCUGCUGACCCCGGAGGGCGCCUUUCACAGCUUUGGCUACACCGCCCGCGAUCACUACCACGAUCUGGACCCCAAGGAGGCCCGGGAGUGGCUUUACUUCGAAAAAUUCAAGAUGAAGAUCCACAGCGCCACUGAUCUCACCUUGAAGACUCAGCUGGAGGCAGUAAACGGAAAGGAAAUGCCUGCCUUGGACGUGUUUGCCCAUGCCUUGCGCUUCUUCAAGGAGCAUGCCCUCCAGGAGCUGCGUGAGCAGUGCCCAUCACUGCCAGAGAAGGACACGGUGCGCUGGGUGUUGACGGUGCCCGCCAUCUGGAAACAGCCAGCCAAGCAGUUCAUGCGGGAAGCUGCCUAUCUGGCUGGCCUAGUGUCCAGAGAGAAUGCAGAGCAGCUCCUCAUCGCACUGGAACCCGAGGCGGCCUCUGUCUACUGCCGCAAACUCCGACUGCACCAACUCCUGGACCUGAGCAGCCGGGCCCCGGGCAGCGGGCGCCUGGGUGAGCGCCGGUCCAUCGAUUCCAGCUUCCGCCAAGCUCGAGAGCAGCUGCGAAGGUCCCGACAGAGCCGCACGUUCCUGGUGGAGUCGGGAGUUGGAGAGCUGUGGGCUGAGAUGCAAGCAGGAGACCGCUACAUGGUCGCCGACUGCGGGGGAGGCACGGUGGACCUGACGGUGCACCAGCUGGAGCAGCCCCACGGCACCCUCAAGGAGCUCUACAAGGCCUCGGGAGGCCCCUACGGCGCGGUGGGCGUGGACCUGGCCUUCGAGGAGCUGCUGGGCCGCAUCUUCGGGAAGGACUUCAUUGCCACCUUCAAGAGGAAACGGCCGGCCGCCUGGGUGGACCUGACCAUCGCCUUCGAGGCCCGAAAGCGCACGGCAGGGCCACACCGCACCGGGGCACUCAAUAUCUCGCUGCCUUUUUCCUUCAUUGAUUUCUACCGCAAACAGCGUGGCCACAAUGUGGGGACAGCGCUGCGCAGGAGCAGCGUGAACUUCGUGAAGUGGUCCUCCCAAGGCAUGCUCAGGAUGUCCUGUGAGGCCAUGAACGAGCUCUUCCAGCCCACAGUCAGCAGCAUCAUCCAGCACAUAGAGGCCCUGCUGGCCAAGCCCGAGGUGGAGGGCGUGAAGCUCCUGUUCCUGGUGGGCGGCUUCGCCGAGUCGGCCGUGCUGCAGCAGGCGGUGCACUCGGCGCUGGGCCCCCGCGGGCUGCGCGUGGUGGUGCCGCACGACGUGGGGCUGACGAUCCUCAAGGGCGCCGUGCUGUUCGGCCAGGCGCCGGGCGUGGUGCGGGUGCGCCGCUCGCCGCUCACCUACGGCGUGGGCGUGCUCAACCGCUUCGUGGCCGGCCGCCACCCGCCCGACAAGCUGCUGGUGCGCGACGGCCGCCGCUGGUGCACCGACGUGUUCGAGCGCUUCGUGGCGGCCGAGCAGUCGGUGGCGCUGGGCGAGGAGGUGCGGCGCAGCUACUGCCCCGCGCGCCCGGGCCAGCGCCGCGUGCUCAUCAACCUGUACUGCUGCGCCGCCGAGGACGCGCGCUUCAUCACCGACCCGGGCGUGCGCAAGUGCGGCGCGCUCAGCCUGGAGCUCGAGCCCCAGGGCGGCGCCCCCGAGGCCCCCGGCCGCCGCGAGAUCCGCGCCGCCAUGCAGUUCGGGGACACGGAGAUCAAGGUCACCGCCGUGGACGUCAGCACCAACCGCUCGGUGCGCGCCUCCAUCGACUUUCUCUCCAACUGACGCGGCCGGCGGCU